CCCAAAAUGCAAAGUGAAAAAGACCGGCGAAUAUUAUAUAUAUAUAUUUAUUCUAUCGUUGUGAACGAAACAGAAAGUUUGUAGCAAUCUCAAUUUAAACCCAAAUUCAAAAUGUGUGAUGACGACGUAGCUGCUUUAGUUGUAGACAAUGGAUCCGGAAUGUGUAAAGCUGGGUUCGCAGGAGACGAUGCUCCAAGAGCUGUAUUUCCAUCAAUUGUCGGAAGACCAAGACAUCAGGGUGUGAUGGUUGGCAUGGGACAGAAAGACAGCUACGUCGGAGAUGAAGCCCAAAGUAAAAGAGGAAUCCUCACACUGAAAUACCCGAUUGAACACGGAAUUGUCACAAACUGGGACGAUAUGGAGAAAAUCUGGCAUCACACUUUCUACAACGAACUCCGUGUCGCACCAGAAGAACACCCCGUUUUACUGACAGAAGCUCCACUCAACCCUAAAGCCAACAGAGAAAAGAUGACACAGAUUAUGUUUGAAACCUUCAACUCUCCAGCUAUGUACGUGGCUAUACAGGCCGUUUUGUCUUUAUACGCUUCCGGUCGUACAACUGGUAUCGUGUUUGAUUCAGGUGAUGGUGUUUCUCAUACCGUACCAAUCUAUGAAGGUUAUGCCCUUCCCCACGCUAUCAUCAGGUUGGACCUUGCCGGUCGGGACCUCACAGACUAUCUGAUGAAAAUUCUCACAGAACGUGGUUAUUCAUUCACAACCACAGCUGAGAGAGAAAUCGUAAGAGACAUUAAAGAAAAAUUGUGCUAUGUUGCAUUAGACUUUGAACAAGAAAUGCAAACUGCAUCUUCAUCAUCAUCGUUAGAAAAAAGCUAUGAGUUACCUGACGGACAGGUCAUCACGAUAGGCAACGAAAGGUUUAGAUGUCCAGAGGCACUGUUACAGCCUUCUUUCUUGGGUAUGGAAUCCGCAGGUAUACACGAAACAACAUACAACAGCAUCAUGAAAUGUGAUGUCGAUAUUCGAAAAGACUUGUAUGCUAAUACUGUACUCUCUGGGGGUUCAACAAUGUUCCCCGGAAUAGCUGACCGUAUGCAGAAAGAAAUUACAGCACUUGCUCCGCCCACAAUGAAGAUCAAGAUCAUUGCUCCACCUGAAAGAAAAUAUUCCGUGUGGAUCGGUGGAUCAAUCUUAGCUUCACUCUCCACCUUCCAACAGAUGUGGAUCAGCAAACAGGAAUACGACGAGUCUGGUCCUUCCAUCGUUCAUAGAAAGUGCUUUUAAUCUGCAAAACAUCUGGUACAAACUUCAAUUACUUUUUAUGUAACAUGUUAUUUAUUGGCGUAGAAAGAAUACUUGGAUAUCUAAAGUACAAUGACCCGACC